AUGCCGCUCUGUGCUGACGACCUUUACUGCCACCAGUUCCAACCCAACACCUUUGACCCCUCCCGCUGUGGUUCGUGCCUGCACCCGGGACACAUGCACCUGAACAGUACCUCACAGGACAACCAUGACUUCCUGUCGGAGGUGACCAGCUACAGUGAUGUCACAAGGAGCGUCUGGACCUAUCAGGAGAGCCUAAAUCACACUCCGAGCACUGACGGGGAAUUCAAUAUCUGUGACUCUGACACGGUACACAGUCAGGAGGACCUGUGGGACUUCCUGCCAGACCCAGGGAGAAGUGGCUCUAGUACCCCAGCAGGCUGCUGUGUGACGGGGCCAGAGAUGACCCGGGUGGACCCCUCUCCCCACAGACCACCACACAGCUCACUGAUGGAGGAGAGAGGUCGGGAGAGGUUCAGGCGACCCUCAGGAUCAAGAGGAGAAAACGGCAACUUCUCUCCGGACAGGAAAGCCUUAUUUGAUGGUGGUCCCCAGGCUCAGGUGGAGGGUGUAUCCAAACGGCCUUACCGGUACUAUGAGAGGGGCCAUCCGCUCCCCAACAACCACAGCCCAGAACCCAAAGCCUCCAUCCCCUACCGGAACGUGAAUCUUGGAAUUCCCUCCCAGAGGAGAAGCGAUGAAACGUUCCAGCAGGAGACCUGGAGGACCUUGCAGCCAAACUCCUACGAAGGGUCUCGAAGCCCCCGGCCCAGAACAGAUAAAAACCCUUCUCCAACCACUCGCAGUCGUGAUAGUUGGGAAUGCUCUCCCCCUAUAAGUGGCUAUGGUACACACAGCCAUUCACCCCAAACAGAAACCAAGCAUAGCGACACCAGACCUGACACAGCACAGAGCUACUCAAGGAGACCAGAGAGGGUCGCUAGAGAGGAACGGACAGAGAUGCACCCCCCUAAAAUCAACCCCAGCCUCCCUCCAGGCUCCUGGUGUGGCUCCUCCCACUCCCUUCUAAGCCCUGCCCUCUCUUGUAGCUCCUCCCCACCACGACUAGGCAUCGACUCCCAGCUGCUUGCCAAUUCGUUGAAACCCUACGCUGCGACCGUGGAAAUUAAUGACAGACCAAUCAGUGACAGGAGCAAGAGUAAUAUAAGGCGGGGCCUGGAGUACCUGUUGACCCGAGAGGAGCCCAAGAGAACCGCCUCAGUGGACUCCCAGGGGAUGACCAUAGAGGACUACGUCAUUCUGGCCGACAUCCCCAGACUGGACCUGGGGUCAGAGGGAGAGGGGGCGGAGGUGCUACUGGGCCCGAGGAGGAGGACCCAGAGCCCCAGCCCACGUAGAGACCAGAGGCACAGGACACCCAGGUAUGUAGAGGAAUCUGAUCACUGCAGUACGAGGGUUGAGUCUGAUGAGAGAGGGAGAGGCAGAGAGAGGGGGAGAGACAGGAGGGAGAAAGAGAAGGAGAAAUGUUGCGACUCAGAGGAUGGACGACUGUCCCGGACCCAGUCCACAACUGAUCUUCAGCCACAGUGGAGGAGACACUGGUUUGUGAUGAGGGACGCUGCACUGAGUUUCUACAUGGACUCUGAGGCUGAGGAGUCAGAUGACCUGGAUGGAGAGAUAGACCUGACGUCCUGUAUGAACGUCCAAGACUUUGACGUGGAGAAGAACUAUGGAUUCCAGAUACAUACAAAGAAAGUAGUGUUCACUCUGUCAGCCUCGACCUCCAGGAUCAGGAGGAAGUGGGUUAAUGUGCUGAGACGGACUAUCCAGCCCAGACACUCUUCAGACAUCACACCACGGUCAGACAGUGAAAGAGAAAACUCUCAGCCUGUGUCGUCUCGCCAGCCUCCCUCUGUGCUCACCUGUGAAGACACCGACCCUCAAACCACUAUCUCCACCUCCAACCUUUGUCAAAUGGACUCUUUGGCCCCGGAUCUAGAUGACACCUCCCCCAACAUGUCAUCAGACAGUCAGAGAGAGGCAGGAGAGGGCUGGGACAGAGAGCAAGCCAAGCGAUUGGAGGAGAGGAACAGAUGGUUUGAGGGGGGGAUCCCCUUCAGAGAGAUGGGCAGCAGAUGGGACUCUCUGGAUCUGAAGAAAGCCGGCGUACCUGUACCUGUCACUCACACCAUGGACGUGGACGUCAACAAUAAGUGGGUGGAGUUCGAGAGUCUAACAUUCAGGGAGAUGAGCGCGCUGUCUCUGAUUGGUGCACAGACUAAUCAGACCAAUCAGACGAUUCCUAAUCAGACGAUUCAGACGACCAGUGCAACAGCCUUUCAGAGGGAGGCGCUAUCACUCAGGCAGCAGGUGGAGUGUCUGCGUAAGGAGCGUGUGGAGAUGGGGAUGGAGGUGGACAGUCUGUGUGGCCCCUGGGCCCCCUGCGGCCAGCGUCUAGAGGCCAUGGAGGCGGCCCACCGCAGGGACCUGAUGGAGCUCCAGGAAAGCCACGCCAGGGAGGUCCGAGAGCUGCAGAGACAGAGAGAGAGCCUACUGCAGGAGGAGAGCCAGGCCACGGCACAAGCAGUUGAGGCCCUGAAGGAGGCUCACAGGGAGGAGCUGGAGAGGGAGGUGGAGAAAGCCAGAAGGAUGACUGAAGGGGGUGGCCAUAUGGAUACUACGCACAGAGGACAGACGCCCCAGGCUGAUGCCCUCCACAGUGAGUUAGACGUUCUGUCAGAGAGAUAUUCCCAGAAGUGCCUGGAGUUGAACCGGGCCGAGCAGAGAGGAGGAGACAGAGAAACAGAGCUGAGCUGGAAGGACAGAGAGAUGGAACAGCUCCGCAGAGAGAACCAGGAACUGCAGGCUCGUCUGACUGAGAAGAUCAGCCGCAUGCGCCACUUCAUCACAGGUCAGAGGUUAGGAAAUGCCUCCCCUGGCAACUGUGAGCGCAGUCCCUCGGAAUUGGAAAUGCUGCUACGAGCAAAGGAGAUUGAGGCCGAGUACCUACAAAAGGAGAUUGGCUGUCUAAGGAAUGAAGUGCAGUCUCUAACUAAGGAGAAGCAGAGUUUGUGUGACCGCUACAAGGAGGUGUACGUGGAGCUGAUUGGAAUGAAGGGUCGCAGUGAGCUGGAGAUCAGGGACCUCAGGGAGCACCUGAGACUGGCCAACGCAGCGCUGCAGGAGAGGAGUCGAGACACCUGAGACUGGCCAACGCAGCGCUGCAAGAAGGGGGAAGAGACACCCAAGACUGGCCAACGCAGCGCUGCAGGAGGGGAGUCGAGACACCUGAGACUGGCCAACGCAGCGCUGCAGGAGAGGAGUCGAGACACCUGAGACUGGCCAACGCAGCGCUGCAGGAGGGGAGUCGAGACACCUGAGACUGGCCAACGCAGCGCUGCAGGAGGGGAGUCGAGACACCUGAGACUGGCCAACGCAGCGCUGCAGGAGGGGAGUCGAGACACCUGAGACUGGCCAACGCAGCGCUGCAGGAGAGGAGUCGAGACACCUGAGACUGGCCAACGCAGCGCUGCAGGAGGGGAGUCGAGACACCUGAGACUGGCCAACGCAGCGCUGCAGGAAGGGGGAAGAGACACCCAAGACUGGCCAACGCAGCGCUGCAGGAGGGGAGUCGAGACACCUGAGACUGGCCAACGCAGCGCUGCAGGAGAGGAGUCGAGACACCUGAGACUGGCCAACGCAGCGCUGCAGGAGGGGAGUCGAGACACCUGAGA